UUCUGAUUUUGUUGGGGAUUUCCGAGCUUUGUUUGAAGUUGAUUGUGAAGCAUGAAGCUUGUAGUGGUCCUGAUAUGUCUUCUGUUUUGGACAGUGAGAGAGGGUGAGGCCAGACCACCCUGUAACUACCCUCCUGCUCAAUGGUGCAGCUCACUCGAAAUUGCAACUGCCUGUCAGGUGGAACACCAGUGCAUGGAAUACCAACGAAAGAAAGAUGCUGAUCCGGUUAUGAUCAGCUUGUACUAUGAAAGUCUCUGUGGAGCAUGUCGUGGCUUCCUUGUGUUACAGCUUUUUCCCACCUGGCUGAUGCUGAAUGACAUAAUGAAUGUCACGUUAGUCCCGUAUGGAAAUGCUCUGGAGAGGAAUGAAAGUGGCAAGUGGGUGUUCAGUUGUCAGCACGGAGAGCAGGAAUGCACUGGGAACAUGAUUGAGACGUGCAUUAUGCAUUCUCUUCAGGAUCCUUACCGAUUCCUUCCAAUCAUUUUCUGUAUGGAAUCAGCAGACAAUGUGACUGCAGCCGCACAACUGUGCCUCCAGGUCUAUGAGCCCUUACUGCCCUGGGACAACAUUAAAAACUGCGUUAAUGGUGACCUCGGAAAUAAACUGAUGCAUCACAAUGCAGAACUAACGAGAGCGCUGAAUCCACCCCAUGACUAUGUUCCAUGGAUCCUGGUCAAUGGAAAGCACACUGAAGAUUUGGAGGAUGAGGCUAUGAAUGCACUCUUCAAUCUCAUUUGCAACACUUAUUCGGGUGUGAAGCCAAAGGCUUGUGCAAAACCUAAAGGAUUAAACUCGUUUCCUAAAUGUAUGAUCUAAUCGUGGCUAUUUGAUGACUUCAAUAAAACUCCAUCUCUCUGGAAGCAAUAAUGAAUGUUAUUGCCUGGAAGGCCAGGAGUAAUCUUUGCUGUGAAAUGCUUGAAAGUGGCUAAGGAACAUUGAUUAUAACUACUUGAAUUUUCUACUGGACUUUUCUGGAGUACCCCUGGCUCUCAUGAGCUGCCGAACAAACAAGAAGAUCUUAGAAUCCCUAUAGUGUGGAAACAGGCCCUACAGCCCUACAAGUCCACACCGACGCUUUGAAGAGUAUCACACUGAAACCCAUUCCCCAUUAUCUUACACUUACCCCUAACUAAUGCACCUAACCUAUACAUCCCUGUACACUAUGGACAAUUUAGCACGGCAAAUUCACCUAACCUGCGCAUCUUUUGGAUUGUGGGAGGAAGCCAGAGCACCCGGAGGAAACACACGCAGACACAGGGAAAAUGUGCAAACUCCGCACAGACAGUCACCCAAGGGUGCAAUCAAACCUGGGUCCUUGGUGCUGUGAGGCAGCAGUGCUAACCACUGAGCCCCUAUGCCGUCCCAAAGAUAUGAAUUAAAAAUUGAAUUCUGUUUUUGCAACAUGAGUAAAACCAAAGCAAAAUUCAUCAGAUGCUAGAAAUCUGAAUUAAAUGUUAGAAGAUAUCAGAAUUACUCAAUCAGUUAGCAUCUGUGAGGAAAGAAGCAAUUCUGAUGAAAGAUCAUUAACUUGAAAUGUUAACUUUGAUUCUCUCUGUGCAAAUGCUUCCAAUCAUACUGAGUAUUUUGAGCAUCUUCUGCUUUUGUUGUGUUGUGGUUGACUCUUACCUGCUCUCUGGAUAAUUAUGGAUGGCCUGUGAUGCCUUUAUCCCGCAAAUGAAUAAGGAAAAUAAAGUUAAAUCUGGUUGCAGAUCCUUGGUGCUACUUUAGGAAAGAAAGCAGAAACAUUUACGAUGCAGAGAACAUCAAAAUACAAAUUGGUGCAACAGCAAGAUGCUUGAGGUUGAAUCUAAAUUGUUGUGCAUCUUUUGUACCUGUUACUUUAAUUGAACAUGUAAUGAAUUUUUUAAAACUGAAACAUUUUUGCUACAUCUGCUGAAGUCAAAUAAAAAUAAAAAUUGAGUUGUUUUGA